AUGGGUGCUGGCAAUCGAUUCAAUUUUACAAUUGUCUUUUUUGUUGCUCUUGGAUCCUUCACAUACGGCUUCAACUCUGCAGUCAUUGGCUCUGUUCUCGGUCUGCCGUCUUUCCUGAACUAUUUUGGUCUCAACACAAACGGCCCAGAUCCCGAAAGAGCCGGUUCAUUGACUGGUGCCACAAAUGGACUCUUUGCGGGAGGUGGUAUCAUCGGAUGCCUAGUCGUUCCUUGGCUUCUAAAUGCCCUGGGACGUCGUUUGACAAUUCAGCUAAUCUCUUUCGUCUGCGUCAUCUCUGCCGCUAUACAGGUGGGGUCCGUCCACAUUGCCAUGUUUUUGGUAGGAAGAUUCAUCAAUGGAGUCGGUGUGGGCAUGAUGGAUGUCUCGGUUCCAAUUUAUCAGUCAGAGAUCUCACCAGCCACCUCUCGAGGACGAAUGGUCGGAUCCCAUGGCUUCCUGGUGGUUGUCGGAUAUGCCCUCGCAGGAUGGUCUGGUUAUGGUUGCUUCUUCAUCACAGACACAGUUUUACAGUGGCGCCUAUGCCUUGCCUUCCAGAUAAUUGCUCCUUUGCUUCUUCUCAUUGGCUCCCCGUGUAUGCCUGAAUCUCCUCGAUGGCUAUGCACAAAGGAUCGAAAUGAUGCGGCCUUCGAGAUUCUUUGCAAACUGCAUGGUUCACCGGGAGAUCUGGAUAAUUCCCUGGCACGGCACGAAUACGACCAAAUCUGUCUCCAAACCCGACUCGAAGUUCACAGACCAGAAGGAUCUGGCUGGAAAGCAGUCUUCACGAAAAAUUCUUUCCGCAAAAGGCUUCUUCUCGGGUUUUUCGUUCAAUGUGUCUCUCAGUCUACCGGUGUACUAGUUGUGAACAACUACCAAAUCAUGCUGUAUAACGGUCUAGGUCUCGAAAAUUCGUUACCUCUACUACUCUACGCUUGCUACAAUUCGUGGGCUGCCUUCAUGAACUUCGUUAACACAUUGAUCUUGGACCGAUGGGGACGGAUCCGCAUCAUGCUGAUAGGAAUGAUCGGUUGCUCACUUUCUCUAUCCGGAUUUGCCGCAAUGGUUGCCGAAUUCAGUGGAACAUCGAACAAGAUUGGGAACGGCUUUGGCGUUUUCUUCCUAUACCUCUUUGUCACAUUCUAUGGUGGUAGCAUGGAUGCAUCAUCCUACGUCUACUGUGCUGAGAUCUUCCCCACGUCCAUCAGGGCCCAGGGAGUUGGGGUAAGCGUGUCAGGGUUAUUCAUCAUGACUUUGAUCUACACUCAAGCAGGCCCUGUGGCAUUUAAAAAUGUUGGCUGGAAGUAUUAUCUGGUCUUCAUCAUAAUCCCCUGGUUUGGUGCGGUUUUGAUGAAGAAGUUUUGUCCGGAGACUGCAGGUCUGUCGUUGGAGGAGAUUGACGAGCUCUUUGGAGACCGCACAAAUACCGAAAUCGUUACCACGAAGGAGGAGUCCGAAAAGGGACGUUCAUUGGAAGAUGAGAAGCUACGAUUGGGGACAUCUGGUAGCUCCACGGAACACCACGAACAAGUGUAA